AUGAGAAGGAUACGUAGUGGCCAAUCUCAGUCAACGUUCAUCACAAAAUUCUUCGCAAAGAACUCAAAUAAGGCAACAUCAGCCACAAAUUAUUUUCUCAAUGAGGGUGCAAGUACAUCUGCCCAAGAAGUUGAUGGCACUCAAGGCAGCCCAGCAAUUGAGACUCAUGAUUCUCAUCAAAGUCAUCUUCUGAGUUCGGAUUCAGAAUCUAGCUGUAAUGACUCUCUUGAAUGCUUGUCAAGGGAUUCCGAAGAUAUUGAGCAUCUUGAAGCGCAUGAGGGCUUGUCAAAUGAUUUUGAAGGUAUUGAGCCUGACAACAGUGCUGGAUCAACACUGGAAAAACGAAUUAAGGAAACUACGGUUCGGUCACUUCACUGUUCUAAUUCAAAGAAGAAAACUCGUUCUCGUUCAUUUAAGAUCAACCUGAGUUAUGUUCAGGAUUCGGAACUGAAAAAUUGGUUAAUUGAAGACCCAAAAAAGCCUGGUCAUCCGUUUUGCAAGCCGUGCCAGAAAAUCAUCAAGGCCAGCAACAAGCGAGAUUUAAUAAAACAUGCUAACCGAUUAAGCCAUAAAAAAGCAAAGUUAGCUUUAAAGGGUCAACUCCCUGCUAACGACAUUCGCAUUUUAUCUGAAAAGGUUCAAAAGAAGAAGAAAUUGGAGGAGGACACUACCAAGUUGGAAUUAGCUCUUAGCGCUAUGGUAGCAAAAGGCAAUUACCCAAUUACGCUUAUGGACACUCUCCAAGCCCCACUUAAGGCACACGUUAAUGACUCAGCCAUUGUCAGUAACCUUCGUUGUGGCCGAACGAAAACAACAGCACUCGUGAAAAAUGUUAUAGGCCCAGCUGGAAAGAGCAAUUUGGUAACAAUUCUCAAGUCAUUACACUUUUCGAUCAUAGUUGAUGAAACAACAGAUCGAACAACUACAAAGUUCUUAGUAAUUUUAGUUCGCUAUUUUAACGAACACCAACAAAAACUAGUGGAGGAAUUUUUCAGUAUGCCCGUUGUUAGUGACGCUACUGCUGCCGGCCUGAAAGUUCUAAUACUGGCAGAAUUCGAACAAGUCGGCAUUCACCUUCAAAACAUGAUUGGCUUUGCUGCUGACCACUGCAGUGUUAUGCUGGGUCACAAAGUCGGACUGGAUGCUCUUUUGAAGAAGGACUUGCCGUGGCUGACCGUAUUUGGAUGCAUUUGUCAUUCGUUUGCCCCUUGUUCUGCGGCUGCGCUAGAGAAAUUGGACAAAAGCAUCGUUCAAUUCUGCCAUGAUGUGCACAACUUCAUUGCGUACAGUUCUAAAAGAAAAAAGGAAUUUACGGAAUGUCAAGAGUUCCUCAACGCCGCUAAACAUUCGAUAUCUUAUCCCUGCAAGACCCGCUGGCUUGUUUUUGAGGGAUGCAGCGUCCGUAUGUUGGAGCGAUGGGGUCCAUUGGAACUGUACUUUCAAUCUUAUCUCGCUGAGGACAACCAAGCUGCAAAAAAUAUCUACCGCGCCCUCACCAAUCCAAAAAUGAAACUUCAUUACAGUUUCUUCGCAUAUGUUUUGCCGUUGAGCUCAAACGACGGCGACGAAGAAGUUAUGGAAGUCAUUAUUAGGGAAACCGUGUCGCCGUCAAGUCCUGAAAGAGAGCUGGACCGGGACCCUGAAUUUUUUUGGUCCUUCAUCAAAACCUACACGGACUUAAAUUCCGGCCAAACGUUCUUGAACGUUGCAGAAUUUAUGGAGUUUCUUAUUAGCUUGCCUCAUUCCAGCGCUGCUGCUGAGCGACAGUUUUCUCGUCUAAAAAUCAUCAAGACGCCACUAAGACAGGAUCAAUCCGGCUACCAUCAACGCUUUAAUGAAUAUCCACAGAUAACGGUGGAUCGCGCUUUCACAAAGAUUUGGGAAUCGUGGGCAGGAGGCUGA